AUGGGCCCGACGCACUUGAGUUUCGGCCUCGUGAUGAGGGCGUGCUACUUGGGUCAAAGCUGCCACACGCUGACAACCCAGGACUUGUAUGAAUCCCUAAACAUCAGGACGUACAGCGCCUCCGGAAUAGAAGACGGAGAGAGGGAGCUCAACGCGUUAAUGGAAGAGACAGGCUGGCGUACUGUACUGGAAUAUGUAAAGGACCCUAAUGGAAGCAAUGAGGGAAUACCGCUGGAGGCUUUAGGACACGAACAUAAACAUGCCUAUCAGGAGGUGCAUUACAUCAAGCAGGGCACUUGUACAUUUGACGUGCGGGACUCCCAAGACAUGUGGAUUCGCAUGGAACUGGUGCCUGGAGACCACUUCGUCCUGCCUUCGAACUUAUAUCACAGAUUUAAUCCUUCUUCGAUAAAGGAGGUGACCAUUAUCCUUCAUAUUGUUCCUGAAGGCUACACUAAUAUUACUCAAUUCAGAAAAGCCUAA